CGGGAACUAGCGAGCCGCGACUGCACGCAGACGUGCCCACGAUAGCCACACCGGAAGCGAGCCCGGGGAUGCGGCGGAAGGGGUCCAGUCGCCGCUCGGUGCCCCGAAAAUCUACCGCCUUCCUGGAUGUGCCCAACAACACGGGGGGCUGCCCCGAGGACGAGGACGAGGAGUCCUAUCGGCUGCGGUCUUUCAGCUUCACGUCGAAAGGAGUUGUGAACCGUGGGGACUCGUUCCGGAGACGGCGUUCCCGCAGCAACAGCCUGGUGCCGCCGCACAUCCUGACGUCCCCACCUGCCCCUGACGGCACGCCGCCGACCAGUCCGAUCCCCGUGGACCCACAGCCUGCCCCUGAAGUCAUCACCUAUCGAGUAGCUAUGAUAGGUGCUCCAGGGGUCGGUAAAACAGCGCUCGUCAGCCAGUUUAUGACGUCAGAGUGCAUCAACGCGUACGACAGGCAGAGAGAUGCACCCAAAGAACAGUCUGUGUUUAUUAUGCUGAAUGGCGAGGAAUCAGAACUUUGUUUCAUAAAUCUGGCAAACCCUAAGGAGGAGCUGGACCGGACGGAUCCACCAGAUGCGUUCGUUGUCAUGUACUCAGUCAUCGACAAAGCGAGCUUCCAGAGAGCGGAGACCGAACUGGCCCGGUUACAGGACUGGGACCUCGUGCGCUCCAGACCGGCCAUCUUGGUUGGCAACAAGGUGGAUCUUGUACGUAGCCGAGCCGUAUCAUCACAAGAUGGCAAAUGCCUGGCAUGCACGUAUAGAGCCAAAUUCAUCGAGAUCUCUGUAGGAAUUAGCCACAAUGUAGACGAGCUUCUGGUGGGCAUCCUGAACCAGAUUCGUCUCAAGCUCAUCCAUGCGCAUCUUUCUGACAAGGAAGGUUCGGCACAUUGGUACAAGAGUCGAGGCGUUGUGCGUGCAAGUAUGAAGGCUCGACAGAUGUUUACGUGGUUGUUCGGGAAAGAAGACUCUAAAUUCAAGAACUGUGAAAACUUACACGUUCUGUAGUGACUACUGAAGGGGUACUUUGUGCUAAUAAACUGACUAUCCAAGUGAACGCCAGUUGGAAAAACAAAAAUAUAUAGUUACUAAUCAUUUUCUGUGCAAACAGCAAACUUGAAUAUGGCAUUAACAGAUGAUAUAAGGUUCUGCAUAACCUGUACAAUCACAUCUUUAUGAAGGAACUACCAAAUGAUCCAUCAGAUAUAACAAGGGGAGAUCACGUCUUCUUCCUUUUCUUCAUCCCUUUUGUAUCUGCAUUCUUUCUUCCUUCUCAUAUUACUUUCCAGUCAAGUCCCUUUAUCUGUUCUGACAUCUUUUUUUUCCUGUUCCUUCCUCCCUCCCUCUCCUUCAUACAUAACAGAACUUCUCUCACUGAACUUCUUCCAUUCAUUUAUCCUAUCUGUCCUACUGUCAUUUCUCCCCCCAAUGUCCUAGUAACAGCAGAAGAGAGAAGUGUUUUCUCAAUUUCCUAGUAAUGACAGAAGUCUGGGUUUUUCCUGGGCAUGACAGUAACUCUCUACUGUUUAUAUGUAGACAAUAAAAUAUUGUCAGGACCAAAGAAGUAAACAGUAAUGAUCAGAUUGAAGGAUCCCAUGAUGGCUAGAAAAAUGAGAAAUUAAAGGCAGUAAGGUAAUAAAGUGUCAACAAGACAGAACUAAGUAUUUACCUGAUUAAUAGCUCAAAGAAUCAAAAGUGGGAAGCAAAUUAUAUUUUUGUCCAUACUGUAGUUUAAUUUAUAAAGAAUGAAAUGCAUUUUCUGCUCCAAAUAAAAUCGAUUUGUCUUGUAUUAUUCUGAUAUUACAUGCUUAUAAAUAAAUUGUUUCUAGGAAUCAUUCUGGAAUCUAAAUAAAGUAAUUUAAAAAAGGUAGAGUAAAUAAAAAAUGAAAUUAGAUGUUGACAUUGAGACCUUUGAAGCUCAGGAUAUCACAAAACUUAUUUACUUAUGGAUUUAGAACACAAAUAUUAUUGGAAAAUGAUCUUAGAAUGAAAAUGAUAAUAUGAAAAGAAGAGUUGAAUUCAGGGUAAAAAUAAAAACAUACAAACUCAGGAAAUGUCUUCUCCAUAUCUUCAAAAAACACAAUAAAACAUAUUACAAUGGAUGUUAAAAUUUAUCUGUCUAGUGUCGCCAACUUUCACAGAAAUAAUACAGUGCAGUAUGUAUCACCAAUGUACACUAUAUUAUUUAUAAUUAGAGAAAUGUUGGUUUCUGUGAUUCCAAACAGGAAUUGUGUCAUUACCAAGCUAAACAUAGCAUAACCAUUGUCACUAUAAGAAAUAUACAUAUGUUUCAAUUUAUUAACAAACCCUUUAAAGCACAGUGGUAUCUAUAUGUACCACCUGCCUUAACGUUAGGAGAAUUCCACAUUCUGCCUGCACAGUGUAUUUAUGUGUUCCAUAUGAUUCUCACAUUAAACUGUGACUAUUUCCCCCCAAAAUAUUAACCAGUUGGGCUUUGUAAUAGAGAUGGAAUGUGUUUCCUGUGAGGUAGGAACAGAACUUUUAAACAUUGUUUAGAUGAACUUAAGCUUCAGUCAUCAUUUCCUGUGCAUUUCUCCUUAGCAUUAAGAUCAGUAAACAGUGGCUGUUCAUAAAGUUUGUAUUUCAGUUUCAGAUCCAUUGUCAUAUUUAAUUAUGUGACUUGUAGAGUAGACAAACUAAAUGAACAGACGAUGUCCAGAGAAAGUAACAAAUUCGGUAUUUCAUCCAGAACUCUCUCCGGUAAUUUAAAUUUCAAUUGUAUGCCCCAUUUCAUAUGAUCUAUGUAAAUGAGAAAAUUAAGAACUUAACAGUGGCUAUGAAAUGUUCUCUGCGUGCAUUCUGCAUGAAUGGAACUACUACAGUAGAUUCCAAAUAAGACUGAGUAUAUAAUUGCUCUGACCAGAAACUCAAAGCAACAUGACUUAAAAAAAUCUGUGCAAGUUAUCAUGUUUCCUUGGACCAGAAAGAAGUGUACAUGAAUAUGUGUUUUGUACUCACUAACCACUUUUAAUCUGGCCUGGAAAUCACAUUUCUAGGACUGAAGACUAAGGAAAGCCUUGACAAAUAUUAGGAUCACCAAAUGAAGGAUAACAUGGGCAAGGCAUGGAGAUUGAACAAGAGAGAAGUGCAUAGAAAGUUUUGGUAGGAAAACUUGAAGGGAAAAGUGAUAGGUGAAGAUGGGAGGAUAUUAAAAUUGAUAUAAAGAAACAGGAUGGGAGUAUGUUGUCUGGAUUCAUCUGGCUUUUGAUUAG